CCGCAGUGGCUGCUGUCGGGGGGUCGUCUGUUCGUGGAGGUGUGGAGAGACUCCUUGGGGGUCGAGCAGAUAACGGGGUUCGGGUGUCUGUUGUGUGAACAUCGCAGGUCUAUUCUGGAUAGCAGGUUUUGUGAAGACAUUUGUUCUUUCUUGGACCUCAGAUUUACCAGACAUCUCAUGGUAUUUCCUUUUAUAUUAUUUCUUUAAUGGCUGCCAUUUGUUCUCAAUGUACUUUGUAUAUAUUUUACUUGCCAGUUGGAUAACCAGUUUCUUAUUCACAUAUAAGAUGUGAAGCUUUGUGUAAUUGUUUGGAUUAUGUUGAAUUGUUUUUUCUCCAGUUAUGCCUGUGUUAUAAGCUCACACCUUUUCUGCCUACUGCAUUGGCUUUCCCUUUCUUUUCUUCUUAAUUUCCAAGACACAGCAAUUUGACCCCAACGAAUUUAUGAUGUUAUUAAGUAUCAACUGAAUUUUUAAACAGUGUGAGUUUUCUGGUGAUAGAGUUUUUGAUAUUAAUGAAUAUAGUAAAAUAUUUGCCAUUUUAUGGUCUCAAUAGAUAGGACCUCUUGCCUUCUGGCCUCCUGUGAAUAAAUUCCUGAGAUCCUCUUCCCUGUUGAAUCAAAUGCAGAGUUUGUGGUUCUGUUUCAGAUGUGAUGAUGUGUCUGUCUCGGGGAAUGAAGUUCUGUGUUCUUAGAGCGAUGCAUUUGUGCAGAGGGUGUCAUGAAGUUGCUGUUAUAGCACUUGAUUGUAUAGGUUGACCACUCAUUUGGCUAAUGAGACCAGGGCUGCAGUUUCAUUCUAGGUGCUCUGAUUCAUUCACCAGUCCCUUAUAGAGUGCUCCAGGCACUGUGCAGGGUUUGAGAGACAGGCAGUAAUCAUACAAACACAGGCCAUUGUCUGAAGUAGGUUAAUGGCAAGCUCUUCACUGCUACUUAAAAAUAGCUCAAAUGUAGUGUUUAUUGAAGAUUGUAUAUUUACAUAAAAAUGGAGCACACUAUUAGAUACAUACUCAAAUAGAUUCUUUUAGGUUGGAACUAUUAAUCAGUUAAAUAAAAGAACACAUAAUGAUUUGAUUUCUGCUUUCUAGUUACCGGUCUGGUUAAAACAAAAAAAAAUGCACUACUAAAUAUUUAACAACAUAUGUCUAAAAUUUAAGACUUCUGUGAGUCGAAUGUAAAGAUAUGCUGAGCUAAAGAAAACAUCUCCCAAGUAGAUGCUACCAACAAGGAAGACGGUUUUUCUUAAGUUUUAAUUGUUAUCUGUUGUUAUAUCUGUAUCUUCAGCAUUUUAAAGAAAUAUAGAGUAUUGUCACAUUUGAAUGGAACAAACUUAUAGUUUUGUAUAUUGGUUGUGUUUUGUCAAUUGGAAAUUUUAUAAUUUUAUAGCUUUGUGUGGGUUAAUGCAGCUUUUAUGAAGCAACUCUAAUAUGGUCACAGGGGCAGCAAAGAAGGUAGGGCAAUCUUUCCUUCUUCUCGUUCUGCUUUAAUUUUUAGAGGAUGAUUUUAAUUUGAUGAGCACAUUAUAAAAACAUGGCAAGUUGAAAACCAUAAUUAUUUUCAAAAACUAUUAGAAGAAUCACUUUAAAUGAGGUCUAGACAGCUUUUCCAUGAAGUAAGAGCAACUCUUCUUAUGUGACUGCCACUUACUGAUUGCUGAAAAUGUGCAGUGCUGUGUAUGAAAAUGCUUUACAUUCAUUCAUUUUCUUCAUGGAAACCCUAUGAGGAUAAAAUCUCAUUUUAUAAGCAAGGAACCUGAAGCUUAGGUUAAAUAACUUGCCUAGCUCGUAUAUCUGGUGAGCAUUAGAGAUAGGCUCCGGAGCCUAUGUUUUGAACUUUUAGGCACAAAUGCCUAUUGUUGUAUAUUUUUAUUAUAAUAUCUUAUAAUCUAGUAGCUCCCCAAGUUAUACAUGGUUUAAAAGUAGAGGCUAGUUUUCUUGGAGAAUUCAAACAACUGUUACCACUUUACUUCCCUAUUUUGGUAUUUGCUCCCAUAAGGUAUGAGGUCACAAUCUUUAUUACCUGUGAAAUAGAAAUUAACCUGAAUAGUUAUUCUCAAGGUUACUUGUAAAGAUUAAAGAUAAAUAUAAGAAUUGCCAUUUGAAGAAAGCUUGCUCCUCAGUAUUUCAGGUAUAACACGGGAAAAACAAUUUUGACUGUUGCCCUUUUCUGUUUAUAGUAUUAUCUGUUUUGUUCCUAAGUUGUACUGUAUUAUUACUGAAAAGAGCACCCAAGUGGGGAUGGGGGAGAGGGAGUGAGGGAGGCAGAGAGAGAGAGAGAAUCCUGAGCAUGGUCCACACUGCCAGCACAGAGCCUGAUGUGGGGCUCGAACUCAUGCACUGCACAAUCAUGACCUGAGCUGAAGUCAGACAUUUAACCGAUUCAGCCACCCAGGCACCCCUUACUACUGAAGAUUUUGAGUAGAUAUUUCACAAAGAGUAUCAUAUGCAAGUGUCAUACAGUGAAUUAGAUUAGAAACAUUGAUGUUGAAGCUGAAUAUAUUUUGUUAUUUGGUAAAUUUGUUUAAAAAACACUUCAAGUGUAUUAGUUUUCUCUACUAAUUACCUGUAUUAGGAAACAUUAGUUCUGGGGAGUUAAUACUAACUGAAGAAAUAAGACAACUCCCUCAAUAUACAUGUACUUAUGUGGUAUGGAAAAUGACAGCCACUUUAAAACAUUGGAUUUUAUUACAAAUAAAAUAGCUUUCCUUUUAUAAUACAUAAAUAACAGAGUAGAAUUGGUUCAAAUCCUGGUUUUAGUUUUUAAAAAUGUUUAAUUUUUGAGAGAGAGAAAGAGCAGGAGUCGGGGAGAGGCUGAGAGCAAGGGGAACAGAGGAUCCAGAGUAGGCUCCACCCUGAAGUAGAGAGCCCCAUGCUGGGCUUUAGCCAUGAGAUCAUGACCUGAGCCAAAGUUGGACGCUCAACCCACUGAGCCACCCAGGUGCCUCUCCUGGUUUUAUCUCUUAAACUGAGCAACCUUGGUUAAGUUAUUUAACCUUUCUUGCUUUUGUUAUCCUCAGUGGUAAAAGGGAGAGCCCUGUUUCAGAGUUGUAAGGAUUAAAUAGAUCAUCCAUGUAAAAGCAUAGUAAGUACUUGAUAUUUGUUAGAUCGCUUACUGAAUCAAGAAGGCUUAUUUUGGAUACCAGUGCUGUAAGAAAUUCCAUUUUAGGGGCGCCUGGGUGGUGCAGUCAGUUAAGCGUCUGACUUCAGCCAGGUCACGAUCUUGCGGUCCGUGAGUUCGAGCCCCGCGUCAGGCUCUGGGCUGAUGGCUCGGAGCCUGGAGCCUGUUUCCGAUUCUGUGUCUCCCUCUCUCUCUGCCCCUCCCCCGUUCAUACUCUGUCUCUCUCUGUCCCAAAAAUAAAUAACCGUGGAAAAAAAAAAUAAAAAAAAAAAGAAAUUCCAUUUUAUCUUUGAAAAUGAGUAAUAUUUGUUGGUUCUUCACUAAGCAAGACAGCUUAGUUCAUCUUUCUUUUUGGCAUUUUAUAUUCUUUCUCUAAGUAAGGUUAUGAUUCAGAAACUUCUUUUAAUCACAGUCCCAUAACUUAAUUCCAAAAUAAAAUAAAAUAAAAUAAAAUAAAAUAAAUAAACGAAGUAGAGACUCCCUUGAGCAAAUUCCAGUUUAUAUGGAUAUUUUAAUGAAGAAUGCUUUUUCUUCAUGUAUUUUACUUACUGUCUUUAUAGUAUGAAUGUGUUAGGAAUAUGAAAUUAUUUUUAAUUUUUUGUUCCCUUUUCUUUUAAACAGGGUUUGUGGAUGCACUUAGAUGUUUGCAAUGAGCACUGUGGCUGGCAUGCCCCAGUGUUUUGGAUACCAAUGCAUAGGACUCCAUAGUAAUCGAAUUUACCAGAGGCGAACGUCAUGAGCAUAGUGAUCCCUUUGGGGGUUGAUACAGCAGAAACAUCAUACUUGGAAAUGGCUGCAGGCUCAGAACCAGAAUCCGUAGAAGCUAGCCCUGUGGUAGUUGAGAAAUCCAACAGUUAUCCCCACCAGUUGUAUACCAGCAGCUCGCAUCAUUCACACAGUUACAUCGGUUUGCCCUAUGCGGACCAUAAUUAUGGUGCUCGUCCUCCUCCAACACCUCCGGCUUCCCCUCCUCCAUCAGUUCUUAUUAGCAAAAAUGAAGUAGGCAUAUUUACCACUCCUAACUUUGAUGAAACUUCCAGUGCUACUACAAUCAGCACAUCUGAGGAUGGAAGUUAUGGUACUGAUGUAACCAGGUGCAUAUGUGGUUUUACACAUGAUGAUGGAUACAUGAUCUGUUGUGACAAAUGCAGCGUUUGGCAACAUAUUGACUGCAUGGGGAUUGACAGGCAGCAUAUUCCUGAUACAUACUUAUGUGAACGUUGUCAGCCUAGGAGUUUGGAUAAAGAGAGGGCAGUGCUACUACAGCGCCGGAAAAGGGAAAAUAUGUCAGAUGGUGAUACCAGUGCAACUGAGAGUGGUGAUGAGGUUCCUGUGGAAUUAUAUACUGCAUUUCAGCAUACCCCAACAUCGAUUACUUUAACUGCUUCAAGAGUUUCCAAGGUUAAUGAUAAAAGAAGGAAAAAAAGUGGGGAGAAAGAACAAAACAUUUCAAAGUGUAAAAAAGCCUUUCGUGAAGGAUCUCGGAAGUCAUCAAGAGUUAAGGGUUCAGCUCCAGAGAUUGAUCCUUCAUCUGAUGGUUCAAAUUUUGGAUGGGAGACAAAAAUCAAAGCGUGGAUGGAUCGAUACGAAGAGGCAAAUAGUAACCAAUAUAGUGAGGGUGUUCAGAGGGAGGCACAAAGAAUAGCUCUGAGAUUAGGCAAUGGAAAUGACAAAAAAGAGAUAAAUAAAUCAGAUUUGAAUACCAACAAUUUGCUCUUCAAACCUCCUGUAGAGAGCCAUAUACAAAAAAAUAAGAAAAUUCUGAAAUCUGCAAAAGAUUUGCCUCCUGAUGCACUUAUCAUUGAGUACAGAGGGAAGUUUAUGCUAAGAGAACAGUUUGAAGCAAAUGGAUAUUUCUUUAAGAGACCAUAUCCUUUUGUUUUAUUUUAUUCUAAAUUUCACGGGCUAGAAAUGUGUGUUGAUGCAAGGACUUUUGGGAAUGAGGCUCGGUUCAUUAGGCGUUCUUGUACACCCAAUGCAGAGGUGAGGCAUGAAAUUGAAGAUGGAACCAUACAUCUUUACAUUUAUUCUAUACAGACUAUUCCAAAAGGAACUGAAAUUACUAUUGCCUUUGAUUUUGACUAUGGGAAUUGUAAGUACAAGGUGGACUGCGCAUGCCUCAAAGAAAAUCCAGAGUGCCCUGUUCUAAAACGUAGUUCUGAAUCCACGGAAAACAUCAAUAGCGGUUAUGAGACCAGAAGGAAAAAAGGAAAAAAAGAAAAGGAUAUUUCAAAAGAAAAAGAUACACAAAAUCAGAAUAUUACUCUGGAUUGUGAAGGAACAACCAACAAAAUGAAGAGCCCAGAAACUAAACAAAGAAAGCUUUCUCCCCUGAGACUAUCAGUAUCAAAUAAUCAGGAACCAGAUUUUAUUGAUGAUAUAGAAGAAAAAACUCCCAUUAGCAAUGAAGUAGAAAUGGAAUCAGAGGAGCAGAUUGCAGAAAGGAAAAGGAAGAUGACAAGAGAAGAAAGGAAAAUGGAAGCAAUUCUGCAAGCUUUUGCCAGACUUGAAAAAAGAGAGAAAAGAAGAGAACAAGCUUUGGAAAGAAUCAGCACAGCCAAAACCGAAGUUAAAACAGAGUGUAAAGACACGCAGGCUGUCAGUGACGCCGAAGCUACUCAGGAACAAGCAAAAGAAGAAACUGCUAGCAAGCCUGCCCCUGCCAAAGUGAAUAGGACGAAACAGAGAAAAAGCUUUUCUCGGAGCAGGACUCACAUUGGGCAGCAGCGGCGCAGACACAGAACUGUCAGCAUGUGCUCAGAUAUCCAGCCGUCUUCUCCUGACCUAGAAGUUACUUCACAACAAAAUGAUAUUGAAAAUACUGUACUUGCAAUAGAACCAGAAACUGAAACUGCACUAGCAGAAAUAAUUACUGAAACUGAAGUUCCAGCACUUAAUAAAUGUCCUACAAAGUACCCUAAAACAAAGAAGCACUUGGUCAGUGAAUGGUUAAGUGAGAAGAAUGAGAAGACUGGAAAACCUUCUGACAGCCUUUCAGAAAGGCCUCUGCGCAUAACUACAGAUCCUGAAGUGUUAGCCACACAGCUCAAUUCUUUACCCGGCCUCACUUACAGCCCCCACGUAUACUCUACUCCUAAGCACUAUAUCAGAUUUACUUCACCAUUCCUUUCAGAAAAAAGGAGAAGAAAAGAACCUACUGAAAACAUUUCUGGCUCAUGCAAGAAGCGAUGGUUGAAACAAGCUUUAGAAGAGGAAAACUCAGCAAUUUUACAUAGAUUUAAUUCACCCUGUCAAGAGAGAUCCAGAAGUCCUACAGUCAAUGGUGAAAGUAAAAGUCCACUGCUAUUAAAUGAUAGCUGUUCUCUUCCAGAUUUAACUACACCACUAAAAAAACGAAGACUUUAUCAGUUGCUAGAUUCUGCUUACUCAGAAACCUCCACACCUACUCCCUCACCAUAUGCUACACCAACCCACACAGAUAUUACUCCCACGGACCCAUCAUUUGCCACUCCUCCACGGAUAAAAUCAGAUGAUGAAGCUUGUAGAAAUGGUUAUAAGCCCAUAUAUUCGCCAGUUACCCCAGUAACUCCUGGCACACCAGGAAAUACCAUGCACUUUGAGAAUAUUUCUUCCCCAGAAAGUUCUCCAGAAAUUAAGAGACGCACUUAUAAUCAAGAGGGAUAUGACAGAUCUUCGACCAUGUUAACACUGGGGCCUUUUAGAAAUUCUAAUUUAACUGACCUGGGUCUGCAAGAAAUAAAGACUAUCGGUUAUACCAGCCCCAGGAGUAGGACUGAGGUCAAUAGGCAGUGCCCUGGAGAAAAGGAUUCUGUGUCAGACCUUCAACUGGGACUCGAUUCAAUCGAGCAGACUGCCUUACUUAAAACCAUGGAACCACCUACACAUGACAGGACUGAUCCUACCAGCCAACUGGAAUCUACUCACUCUGGACGGGGCACAAUGUAUUCUUCCUGGGUAAAGAGUCCUGACAGAACAGGAGUUAACUUCUCUGUAAACUCUAACUUGAGGGACCUGACACCCUCACAUCAGUUGGAGGUUGGAGGAGGCUUCCGAAUAAGUGAGUCAAAGUGCCUGAUGCAGGAUGAUACUAGAGGCAUAUUUAUGGAAACACCUGUGUUUUGUACUUCAGAAGAUGGGCUUGUUUCUGGUUUCGGACGGACUGUUAAUGACAAUUUGAUCGACGGAAGUUGCACACCCCAGAAUCCACCACAAAAGAAAAAGGUCUCCCUGCUAGAAUACCGUAAAAGACAGCGUGAAGCUAGGAAAAGCGGCUCCAAGGCAGACCACUUUCCCCUGGUUAGUGUGUCCCCUCAUGCAAGUGGCAACUUGAGCAGCAGCGGUGACAGCUGUGGCGGCAGGACCGAGAGCGGGGAGCAGGCAGACAGCACCACGGGCCUGCCGUUACCGGCGCCGCCUACGGUUUACAGCGCUGCUUCAGAAGACACCAGCAAUAACUGUCCCGUUAAGGAAGCUUCCGCCAGUGAGAAGAAUGAACCAGAAGUUCAGUGGACCGCUUCAACCUCAGUGGAGCAGGUGAGAGAAAGGAGUUACCAGCGAGCCCUACUCCUCAGCGAUCACCGAAAAGACAGAGAUAGUGGGGCAGAGUCGCCAUGUGUCCCAUGCUCACCGGGUCAUGUUCCGUCUUCACCUCCAUCUCAUUCAAAUCACAUUCCCCAGUUGCAGCCCCAGGGCCCAGUCCCUCCUUUCAGUGAACUUACGGAAGAUCCUGACCCUGAAAAUCCAGAAUCCGUGACUACAAAUGAAUGUCCAUCCCCAGACACUUCUCAAAAUACUUGUAAAAGCCCUUCAAAAAUGAGCAAGCCUGGUUCACCGGGACCUGUACUUCCUGUCCAAGCACAUGGGAAAAUACUCACAAAAGCAGAGUCCCAUUGGGAGGCCACAGUUACUGUGUCAGAAGCUGAGAACGGUGUUCACCUGAAAACAGAGCUCCAACAGAAACAGCUAUUAAAUAACACCCAAGCGCUUUCGAAGAAUCCUCCUCCUCAGCCACUCGUUCGAAGCUCAUCCGAGCAACUUCCACAAAAGCUGCCUUCUGCGCCAGUGAAGUUGCACUGUCCUCCGUCCCCUCAUGUAGAAAAUCCUCCCAAAUCAUCGACACCUCACCCGCCGGUACAGCACGGUUAUCUCUCACCAAAGCCCCCCGCCCAGCAGUUAGGGUCUCCCUACAGGCCUCAUCACGCACAGUCACCUCAGGUGGGAACCCCUCAGCGAGAGCCUCAGAGAAAUUUCUACCCCACGGCACAGACCCUGCAAGCCAGCACUCAGCAGGCCACCUCCGGAGCGUUAUUUACACAGACCCCCUCGGGACAAUCUUCGGCCACCUACACCCAGUUCAACCAACCGAGUCUGAACAGCGCGGCUCCACCCCCUCCACCCCCUCCGCCCCCUUCUUCCUCUUCUUACUAUCAAAACCAGCAGCCCUCUGCAAACUUUCAGAAUUAUAAUCAGCUUAAAGGUGGGCUUUCCCAACAGACUGUGUUUGCGUCGGGACCAAAUCAAGCACUUCCUGGCACCGCGAGCCAGCAAACCGUCCCAGGACACCAUGUUACUCCGGGGCAUUUCUUGCCUUCUCAGAACCCCCCGAUCCACCAUCAGACUGCUGCCGCCGUGGUCCCCCCACCGCCUCCCCCACCCCCUGCCCCAGGACCGCACCUCGUCCAGCAGCCGAGCUCCCAUCAGCAACACUCAGUGGCUCACGUGGUGGGGCCCGUUCACGCCGUCACCCCUGGGUCGCACAUUCAUUCGCAAACCGCGGGCCACCACUUGCCACCCCCCCCUCCGCCUCCAGGUCCCGCCCCUCAUCACCACCCACCGCCCCAUCCUUCCACGGGACUCCAAGGUCUGCCAGCACAACACCAGCAUGUUGUCAACUCGGCGCCGCCUCCGCCACCGCCACCGCCACCUUCCAGUGUUUUGGCUUCUGGGCACCACACCACGUCCGCUCAGGCCUUACACCACCCGCCUCAUCAAGGACCUCCACUGUUUCCUUCAAGUGCUCAUCCGGCCGUACCACCAUAUCCCUCCCAAGCCACACACCACACCACUCUGGGGCCGGGACCCCAACACCAGCCUUCUGGAACAGGGCCGCAUUGUCCGUUACCAGUCGCAGGUCCUCAUCUCCAGCCCCAAGGACCAAACAGUAUUCCAACGCCUACUGCUUCAGGGUUCUGUCCUCAUCCUGGCUCUGUGGCCCUGCCACACGGGGUUCAAGGACCCCAGCAGGCAUCUCCAGUGCCUGGACAAAUCCCAAUUCACAGAGCACAGGUGCCACCGACAUUUCAGAACAAUUACCACGGUUCAGGGUGGCAUUAAAACGGACCCCAAAAACAUUUUUUAAAAUGUUCUGUAAGAUAAACUGUAUAUUUCAUAUGUACCUGUUAAGGUACUUUUUAAAGCUUGUACAUGAAACUUUGUAUAAAAAAAAAAAAAAACACCAGUGCUCUUUCAUUGUAUUUUUCCCAUUUUUGCUUUUUAAAAUUCCUUAAAAGAUGUGCUGUUAAGCCAGUAUUAGGUAUCUUUAUUUUGUAAGUGAACAUUCCAGCUGUUUUUCUGGCAGUAGAUUUGAUGCUACAUGAUCUUUCAAUUUUAUUGUUGCAGUUAAAUUCAUUUAGUGAAUGUUUUCUAUAUUAUUUCAUACAUACGCAUUUAAGUACACAGCUAAGAAAUGGCACUAUGAGGAUUUUCAUUUUUCUUCCUGUCAGCAGUUCUGUGAGUGCAUCUUAGGUAUAAAAAAAAAAAAUGCAAUACAGAUUUUUAUAGUUUGGUGUGGACAUGGCUCAUUUUGUUUUAUCGGUUAUUUGCGAGCAAAAUGUAAUUUAAUGUAUAGAUGAUUUUUAACGUCUCCCGACACACUGUAAAUACUGCAUUUCCUUUGCGUAUAUAACUGCUUACAGCUUUUCUCAUUGGAUAUAUAGCGUUGUACAUAUGACAGGUCUUUGCAAAACUGUGUGAUCUUUGUGAGAGUAGUACAGUAUAUGGCCUUUAAUUUCUUUUUUAUUUUAAAUAUACUGUCACAUUGAAGCACUGGUUGGGCAUUUUAAUUCAUGUUAAUAAAUCACAAUUAUGUCAGUUUUA